CUUAUGUACAUAUAAAUGUACAUGUACAUAUACACAGAGAAAUUUAACAGAGAUAUGUUGCGCUUUCUUAACUAGUCUGAGGUAAGCGUGCUCUCGCAAAUCGACAAAUGACAAUAUUUCAGUAGGAGGUACAUAUUCUUUUUGAUAAAUUGAAAAUGUACGUGAAAAUGCGCACUGCGUUUGUGACCUACCUAGCCAUAAGGGAUGCGCGACAGAGCGGCGCAGACGCGAUUGACAAAGGAAGCUACGAAACAAGACACCAGUAUUGAGUAACAGGCUGUGAAAAGCACGACGAGGUCCUUUUCCACUAUUGUUUUCUUGUUUUUAAAACCUGUUACCAAAUUUACGUGAAUCAAGCGUUUAAUAUAAAAAAUAAUUUGUAUACUUUCAAGAUGGACGGGGCGUUGAAAAUCCUGCGCUUAACAUCCAAAGGUGUUGUUAUUUUGGCAAUUUCAUUAAUAGCGUUCCAACAAGUGGCUGGCAGUGAAGUUCCCAGAGGCCCUAGGAAAAACAACAGUGAACUUCUGUAUCCUAAACAUAAGGAAUUUGCUAUCAGCCGGAAUACAUUUCUCGGAAAUGAUAUACGUCUGAUGUACCCUAGCCGUUAUGAAAAGAGAUAUACCCCUACAUAUUCUGGUCCAAGCAUUAGCCGUCCUUUGUCAUUAAAUAGAAAUGUGUACCGAAAAGGAUGUAUCCGUCGUAAUGGUGCUUGUGAUAAUCGCCCGAGUGACUGUUGUUUCAGUAGUUCGUGUAGGUGCAAUUUGUGGGGGAGCAACUGCCGCUGUCAACGCAUGGGACUCUUUCAAAAGUUGGGAUAGAUCAACCUGCCGUAAUCAAACAAGUUUAAAUAUGAGCAAAUUUAUAGAUAAAUCCAUAUAUACACCAUACAUAAAGUAAAUAUGAUAUGUAUAAUUUUAACCAAUUAUAUUUCUUCAUACAUUUAGCCAUAUUUACCAACUGCUUGUCAUUUAAAUAAACAAAACCGCAUUACAACUGCAUAUAUUUUAUAGGCGACAUUCGAAUUGGCUAUUACUAAAAAAUAAAAAGAUAUAUUUUCAAAUUGUCACAAAUAUAGUGCUUAGCUUCGAAUGUCACCUUAAUCUGUAUUUAAAUACAGUUUCAGCCCAAAACUUGUUUAUGUAUGGUUGUUCAGUAA